ACUGACCUUAAAGCUCGCUCUGGCGCGCACAAGUGGGCAGUGUAAUCAGAUUAGUGCGCAGGCAGGAUUACACGUGCAAGCAGAUGGAACACUGAGGCGGUCUUCAGGUUUACUUUGAGCCAAAGUGCACACACAGGCAGAGGCUCAAGAGGAGGACAGGAUGAAGAUGGAUUAAACCCCAUGUUGUUCAAACAGAUAUAAAAGAAGACACGACACAGGAAUUGCUGGAAAACUAGGGUGCUUUGAUUGAUUGUGUGAAGGUGUGAUGUCUCCCGUGGUGGACGAGACAGCGGGGGACCUCCCAGUUCGCGAUGUGGGGCUGAUGAGGGGAGGACUCAUGCUGACUGUUCCAGCAGAUGCCACACGUGACAUGAAGCCGUGGAAGAAGCAUCACAUCAUGAUGACCAAAGAUCCUCAGCGGCUCUUUCGUUUCCCCAGGGAGCAACUGGAGGACCUUUGCCUUCACCUGCAAGAAGAGAACACUGUGUUAAGAAUGCACUCACGAGCACAAGAGCAAAAGAUGCGCAGGAUGUCCACCAGACUGAUUCGUCUUCGUCAAGCCAGUCCCGGUGCCAAAGACAGGGACAUGGAGGACUCAUUGCAAGAGCUGGAAGCUCGUGUGGCCACGUUGGAGAGCCAGAAGGUUGUAUUACAGAACAAACUCAGCCUGGCCAAGCAGCACAUUCUGGACUUGGGGGGGCGUACACCAUACAAGUUCAACAAAGGUAAAUGUGCAGAAGUUGAGGGCGGAGUCAGGAGGGCUGCGCAGACGGCCCCACCCCGCUACGGCCCAACAAAAGAGGAUACCAGGGGGCAGAUGGAGAAAUUCUGUGUGAGCGAGCAGAUGAGGGUGACGGAGCUCCAACUGGCCCUCCGAGACACACUCCAAGAUAAAGAGCGAGAGAUGAAGAAGCAACAGGCUGAAAUACACAAAGCAACCAUCAGAGAAAACGUGGAUGUGAUCCGUCUCCAAAAGAAUCUUUCCGAGAAGAGUACGGCCCUGCGGGUAACCCAGGAGAAGAUCACUGACCUGCAACAGGCCUAUGAGAAGCAGCUGGAGGAGACUCAGACGUCACUGAGGGAAAGCCAGGCUGUCCUCCUAGAGAAGGUGGAGGAGCUGAGUGAGAAGCUGAAGCAGGAGAGGCAGAGAGUGCUGACCCUGGAUGGUCAACUCACAACUGCCAGUUUGUCUCUGCAGAAUCUGGAAAAGCUACAAGAGCGUAUAAGUGACCUGGAGGGAGAGAGGGAUCGGAUAAAAGAAAGCUAUGACUCACUACUUGAGAGUACUUUAUCUACUUACAACGACACUGUGGAAGAACACAAGGUAGUGUACAAGGAAAGGGAGGCACCAGAAGACACCGUUUCCAUGAUAGAUGCAAAUAUCCUGGAGAAAGCGCUGCAGGCAGAGCGGGACGAAAGAGGGAGGCUGGAAUCAGAGAAGGAGAAGCUCAUACUAGAGAAGGAGAUAAUGGAGGAGCAGAGGGAGCAAGAAGGAGCCAAACUUAAAUAUCUGGAAGAGAAGAUACUGGAGUACAACGAGCAGAUUUCUGUCCUACAGCGCAGACUAAACUCUGUCACCAAGGAGUUUGACAUGAGUGACGAAGAGCUCAGUGAAACACUUUUUCAGAUUAAGGCGUUCCGUAUGCAACAGGAGAGCAGAGAGGGUUUAUGUCUCCCCGGGGCUGAUGGAGAGAAAGAGCUUGUCAACAAUCAGGCCGUACACGCCGAGACCGUGCUCGAAUUACAGAAAACCAGGAGCCUCCUUUUGCUAGAGCAUCGCAUCAGUAAAGACUUUCAGGAGUUGGAUACAACCAAAACAAGGUUGGAGAGUGAAAGGGAGGCAAUGAGGAUGAGGAUGGCGGAGAAAGACAAACUGUUAUGCAAAAGAGCUCUCCAGAUCAACGCUUUACAAGACCAGCUGAAAACCUUUGCGUACAACACAAAGAACCACAAACGGACCAUACCGAUACAGUACACAUGGCCAACAGGAGAAAAACAAGCAGUCUCGCUUGAAGAUUAUAUUUCUUAUUCUCCACUGAGGUCUGGAGAGUCCCUCUUAGAAAUUCACAUCAAGGAUGCCACCUUUACUCCAAGUGGGCUUCGGAAUAUGAGCAGCAUUGAUCCAGACCAAGGUGAAGACACGGUGACCUUCUGUACGUACAGCCUUUUGAACUUUGAAGUCCACUCCACACCUUUGGUGGCGGGAAGCCAACCCAACUACAGCUUCACCUCUCACUAUGCUCUGACUGCCUGUGAUCUGGAAAGGCUAGAGGUACAGGGGUGGAAGGUCAAAGUGGAGCUACACCAGGCAGUAGGAGGGGUCCGCUUUCUAACACACGGGAGCGGACAGUUGUCCCUGUUGGCUGCCGUGGAGAGGAGAGGGGAACAUAUUAAUGGACGUGUGCACAUCACAGGUUCUGUGGGGGAAAUAGUUGGUGUUGUGGAUUUCUGGGUCCGUCUAUUUCCACCUACAGAGCCCAUUAAUGCAGUGGUGUCGGGAGGCAAUGACAGGACCACAGCAACAAAGAAAAUGCCGGCUCAAAUCUCUCUUGGCUGGCAAACUACCGGCCAUGCGCAGGAGUUGUACGAUUUUGGUGGAGGCAUUCCCAACGAGCUGAUGUUGCUGCUGGAGCGCUGUGAGAGUCUAAAAGGGCGCUGGCCUGGACUACUUCCUGAUGCCUACCUGACCUACAGAUUCUACGACCUGCAGCCCCAUGUGUCCCAAACGGUCCGGAGUAAUGUUAACCCAGUUUUCCACGACAUCACCAGCUACCCGCUUGCAAUCACAACUGAUGUGUUGCACUACUUGAGGUCAAGCAGCCUUUGGGUCUAUGUGUUUGAUGACAGCGAUGACCAGAUACCACCAGUCUACUUGGCUAAAACACCCAUCCCACUGAGAGCGCUGGCGACUGGCAGGGAGAUCCAAGGUCACUAUGUUCUGCGUGAUCCAGCUGGUGGCCCACGGGGGACUGUCAGGGUGUUGAUUAAAUGGAAGUACCCCUUUCAACCACCAGUAGAUGUGAUGGAAAACAGCAUGAAAAACCAAGGAUUAGCAGAAGACUCACAAAAACCAAUAGCUAAGCCCAGAGUCAAGACAAAGCAACUUGAGUCAGGAGCAACCCAAGCAAAGAUGAGAGAGAUGAGAGCUUAUCCUUCACUUGACAACAUACAACCACGCCAGACCAAGAGGUCCAACAAAAAGUCUCCUGCUCGUCAUGACGAGGAACCCCGCACUGUGCUCUCUCAUUCGCCAAUCACAAAAUCUUCCAGACAUGCCACAUCACUGAGAAGACGCUCUUUUGGUGAUCCUGCUACUCAGAACAUUUCCUCUGUGGAUCUGGUGUCAGUGGAUAAAGAGCAGGAAAAUGAGGAAAGGAGCGAGAGUGCUGCUGAAGAACCCUCGGAGUCCUCUGAGACCUUAACAAGCGACCUCAUUGUUUCAUCGAAACAAGAGAGAAGAAAGGGUGACAAGCUGAGAGUGGAGAUCUUUUCGUUGACUUUCGAACCGUCCUCUCAAGUGGCGCUGGACGAUUCAGUGCAGCGUGUCUACGUGGAAUACCGGCUGCUGGGUAUUCCCAUGGAAACAACGGAGACACCUGUGUCCCUCCGCAAGCCCACAGAGGGGGAGGAGAUUCACUACAACUUCACACGAGUCAUCUACGUGGAUGGUUCACUGUCAGCCCCACUCAGACAGUAUCUUUACACCAUGUUGGAGGGCAGUGACCCCAACAAGGGCAGGUUAAAGUUCACCGUCGUCAGCGAGCCAAUGGAUGACAAUGAGGAGUGCUGGGAUGUCGGAUGCUCCUUCUUGGACCUGCAGGAGCUGCUGCUGACAGGGAACGACGUCAUUGAACGGCAAAUUGACAUUGUGCGAGUAGAUGACGAAAAGGAGGUGAUAGGAUUCCUCAAAGUGUCUCUGGAGGCAGCAAAAGCCCUGACUGGAAUUUACCAAGAGUUUCACCGGCCAAUGGAUGCUGAAGAUAACAGCGAUAAGGAAACCCAGCAAGAAGAAGAAGAGCAGCAGCAGAUGGAAAAAGAUGCAGUUAUAGUGAUAGACUACAAUGACAGCGACUUUUAAUUACACUUUAGGCCCACUCACAAAAAGGAAUAUUCAUUUGGCUUUUGGGUAAUGUUUCAAGUUGAGCCUAAAGUGCACUGUUUACCUUUACAAGUGAACCUAAUUUGACCUUCACCAAAUUUUUUAAUUAUCCAAAUAGUUAAAAGUUAAAAGCUAGUCUACUUUCUGCAUAACUUGCUGUUCUCUAACAAGUCGCUGAAUAGGUGUGUGAUCGAUACAUAAGCCAAUAAAUGUUUGGCUUCAAUUAGAAUCCGAAUUAGAAUUAGAUACAAAGGGACUGGAAGAGUCACUGAUAAUUAGAGGUGAGCGUGUCGUUCUAGGUUCUGAGUUCAAACCCCGGCCGAGUCAAACCAAAGACUAUAAAAAUGGGACUCAUUACCUCCCCGCUUGGCACUCAGCAUCAAGGGUUGGAAUUGGGGGUUAAAUCACCAAAGUGAUUCCCGGGCGCAGCACUGCUGCUCCCCACUGCUGCUCCCCACUGCUGCUGCCCACCGCUACCCUCACCUCCCAGAGGGUGAUCAAGGGUAUGGGUCAAAUGCAGAGGACAAAUUUCACCACACCUAGUGUGUGUGUGAGACAAUCAUUGGUACUUUAACUUUUUUAAAUAUUGAUAGUAUUGAUCCCAUGGUGGGGGUCGGUAUCGGAUCAAUACUUUUGUUGCAGUUUUUCGUCUGUGAAUCCAGCAAAUUAUUGUCUUUUCCUGAGAGCUCUUACGAGCGCAGCAUGUAUUCUAGUCUCGAAAUAAUAAUUUGUAACGCGCUUUACAUUUGUUAAAAUCUCAAAGUGCUACACAAUAUUUACAAAAAAAAUUAAAAAAUCUAAAUGAAAAGUUACAAUAGAAAAUUAAAAUAGAAAAACAACCCUUGAAAAACACUAGAUAAGCACUAGAUAAAACAUAG